AUGAAGCCCAGCACUUAUAUGCACUUGGCGGCCUUCUUUGGUCUGUCCACUGCCGCUCCAUGGAACAACAAGCGUGAUACCAACACUUGCCCUUGUGCUCCCAAUGGCCAGGCUAGCACUUCUACUCAGACCAUUACCCAAUGGUCUACUCAGACUCGCACCCACACCAUCACAGAGCACGUCACCCACUACAUGACCACGACUGCUGCUGGUACAGCAGUCCCAGUCCAGACUGACGCUGCUGCCUCGUCUGCUCCUGCCUACGAGGGUGGCAACUACGGUGGUUCGCCUUCGGCUGCACCUUCGUCUUCGGAUGUCGAUGCUUCCAACGGCUCUCCUACACACGCAGCUCCUGGCGGCUCGGGUGCCACCACCCCCGCUGCCUCUGCCAACGUCCCCGCUGUCACUGGCACCACCACCAUGGGCGCUUCCGGUCCUGAGGUCGUCUACGUGACUGACAUUGUCUCCGAGACUGUCACAACAUGCCCUGCCGGCGAAACAGUUUCUCAGGGUGGUUCUACUACUGUCUUGACUGCUCCUAGCGUUAUCACUUCGACCAUCACCAACAGAGCCACUGUUACUUCGGCUGCUGCUUCCUCUUCCAGCGCCGACGCCGCAAUGCCCUCGUCUCCUGCUGCUACUGAGGGCGUUCCUGCUGCUUCUCAAGGCGUUCCUGCCGGAUCUGAGGGUGUUCCCGCUGCCUCUUCUGGCAUUCCUGCCUACGGUGCUCCCGGAUCUACCCCUGGUGCGUCCGAGGGUGUCCCUGCUGCAUCCCAGGGUGUCCCCGCUUACGGCGCCUCGACCCCUGCCGCUCAGUCUACUUCUGAUGUUGAUGCCGCUAUGCCUUCAUCUCCUGCUGCUACCCCUGCUGCCUCUGAGGGCGUUCCUGCUAACGGCAACGGUACUCCCGAGACCACUCCCGCCGCUUCUGAGGGUGUCCCUGCCGCUUCCCAGGGUGUUCCUGCUGGAUCUGAGGGUGUUCCCGCUGCUUCCGAAGGCGUUCCCGCCUAUGGCAGCACUGUUGUCGUUCCCCAGACCUCCACUGUCAUGCCUACCCCUAACAACAUGCCUUCUUACGGCCAAUACUGGGGAACCGCAAGCGGCGGUGCUUCUUCUACUAUGCCUGCCGGCGCUGCUGCUCCUUCUGGACAGAUGCCCUCAGUCUGGUACCCCAGCAACUGGCAGACCGCCCCCGGCAGCUCGUCCGCAGCCAGCCCUGACACUCCCGUCCCUACCUCCGUCGGUCCCAUCACUGUCACUCUCUACAGCACUCAGAUUGAUACCCUUACCUCGUGUGCUCCUGAUGUCACAAACUGUCCAGCCAAGACAUCUCUUAUCGCAACCGGUACUUCUCUGAUUCACUCGGGAGUCGCUCAGCCCACUGGCGCUGGCUACACCUGGAGCGGUUACUCUGCCGGUGUCGCCGCUCCCUCAGGUGCUGUUCCUUCAGGAGCUUCUCCCUCGGCUGCAUCUCCCAGCGACAACUUGACUGAUGCUGCUCAAGCCACACCUGCUGCCACUGACUCCUCUGCUUCCCCUGACUCCGCUGCUUCGCCUUCGGACUCUGCCGCUCCUUCUGAUGUUCCCGCCGGCACUGACUCUGCCGCUUCGCCCGCCGGCACUGACGUUCCCACCUACGGUGCUGGCGCAUACGGCUCGGCAUCUGGUUACAACGCCUCGUCUCCCUCUGCCCCUGCUGGUGUUGCCGCUCCCUCGGGUGCCAUUCCCUCGGGCGCCGCUCCCUCGGCUGCGUCUGCCAGCGACAACUUGACCGACGCCGCUCAAGCCACACCUGCUGCCACUGACUCCUCUGCUUCCCCUGACUCCGCUGCUUCGCCUUCUGAGUCUGCUGCUCCUUCUGAUGUUCCCGCCGCCACUGAUUCCGCUGCUUCGCCCGCUGGCACUGACGUCCCCACCUACGGCGGUAGUGCAUACGGCUCGGCAUCUGGCUCAGACUCCGGCAAUGGCUCGUCUCCUUCUGGAUCAUCUCCUUCCGGCGCAUCUCCUUCCGCUCCCGCUGAGUCUGCUCCUGCAUCUCCCAGUGACAACCUGACAGACGCUGCCCAGGGCACUCCUGCCGCAACAGACUCAACUUCCUCCCCUUCUGACGCUGCCGCUCCUCUGACUGACUCGAUCGCUGAUGCCACCAACGGUACUCCCACCGGCUCUGCUUCUUCCCCUGAUGUAACUGGCUCGGCUGGUGCAGGCCUUGGAGGUGCAGGUGGUGUCUCUGGUGGUAUUGGUGGUGAGGCUGGUCUGUCUGGUGGUGCUUCUCCUUCAGCUGGCGCUGCCUUGUCUGCCGGCGCUUCUCCUUCCGGUGCUGCUGGUCUUGGCGGCUCAGCUGGUCUUGGUGCCGGCGCAGGUAUCGGUGGCUCUGCUGGUCUUGGUGGUUCUGCUGGUCUCGGCGCAAACGUUGGCGGAUCUGGCUCUGCUGGUCUCGACGCAGGCGCAGAUGUCGGUGGCUCAGGCUCUGCUGGCCUCGGUGCUGGCGCAGAUGUUGGUGGUCACGCCGGCCUUGGUGCAGGCAUUGGCGGUUCUGCUGGCCUUGGUGGUUCUGCUGGUCUCGGCGCAGGCAUUGGAGGCGCUGCUGGUCUUGGUGCAGGAAUUGGUGGUGCUGCUGGACUGGGCGCUGGUGCAGACGUCAACGGCUCAGGAAAGGCUGGUCUCAACGCUGGCGCAGGUCUCGGCGGCUCUGGCUCUGCUGGUCUCAACGCAGGCGCUGGCCUUGGUGGCUCCGCUGGUAUUGGUGGUUCUGCUGGCCUUGGUGCAGAUGUCAACGGUUCAGGAAAGGCUGGUCUCGAUGCAGGCGCUGGUGUCAACGGUUCAGGCGAAGCUGGCCUCAAGGCUGGUGCAGGUCUCGGCGGUUCUGGCUCUGCUGGGCUUGACGCAGGUGCAGGUGCAGGUAUUGGUGGUUCUGCUGGACUCGAUGCUGGCCUUAAGGCUGGUGCAGAUGUCAACGGCUCAGGAAAGGCUGGUGUUGGUGCAGGUGCUGAUGUCGGCGGCUCCGCUGGCCUCAACGCUGGCGCAGAUAUCAACGGCUCAGGAAAGGCUGGUCUUGAUGCAGGUGCCGGAGUUGGCGGCUCUGCUGGCCUUAAUGCUGGCGCGGAUGUUAACGGCGCAGGUUCUGCUGGUCUUGAUGCAGGUGCUGGAAUCGGUGGUGCUGCUGGUCUUGGUGCCUCAGGCUCUGUUUCUGGCGCUGCUGGCGGCUCUCUCGAUGUCUCCCUCGGCCUCAACGGUACUGUCAAUGUUUGGGGUACCUUGGAGAUCCUCGCUGACCACGUCCACUCCUACACCGCUGCAAUCAACGCAACCUGCAACGGCAUCUCAGGCAAGGCUUCCGCUUCUCAAAUCGCUGAUGUCAAGGAGAACAUCCAAGUUCUUAUCGGCCUCAUCGGCCAGGCCAAGGCUCACCUCAGCACCGUCAGCGGUAUCUCUGGCCACAGCAACGCUGAGCUUGCCGGCUUGAUCGCCGACCUUCUCCUCGAGGUUGAGUUCACCGUCAAGUUCGCUGUCAAGGUUUGCGGCUUCUCCGCUCUUAAGGGUGUCGUCUUCUCCCUUGCCGCUGCCUGCCAGGGUCUGAUCACUGUCGCUUGCCACGUCGUUGCCGGCCUCAAGAUCGAGCUCGCCGGCCACUUCAGAGGCAUCAUUGGUCUCGGUGCCUACGUUCUCGGCAGCGUCGCCUCAUUCAUCCUCUAG